AUUAGCGCGGGAAUAAGGGAUGGGCGGAGCUGUUCUGUGCCGUGGGGCAGCAUUUUUUGUAUAGUGACUUCAGUACAGAGGUUACCUGUCUGUGUGUCCGCUCGGCCACUGGUUUAUCAAUGAGCGUCGGGGAAGGUGUUAAUAAUAGGAGUUUAUGGCUCCGUCAUAUACCACAGCUCUGCCCUCAUCAAAAAUGGCGGCUCGGCGCUCCGCUCAUGCUGACGGCUUGCGCCAGGUGAGCGCUGGCAUUUCGGAUGCGGAAGAGCAGGCGCACUGCCCUGUGGUUAUUUACACCCCCACAGUCCUCGUGUAGCGUGCAUGACCCUGCUGCGCCCCGGACACCUCCGAGCCUAGGCCGAUACCUGGAGUUAUUGGAAGUGGAGAGCGGGAGUGGUAGUUUACGAAGGGAGCAGAGCAUCAUUCCGUGGGCCAUGAAAUGCCAAGCUGCCAGACAAUGACUUACGAGUUGCAUCAUGCCUCCCUGGGAAAUAUACUUAACACCUCAUCGGUCUCCAAGAUGUCUUUUGAGGCUCCAUUAGUAGGGACAGGUGACAUUGUUUCAGAAAAUCUACAUAGAUUUCAUGCAGAUAACUUCAGCAACAAACCACAAACCUCUGACAAAUCGAUAGUGUUCACCGCAGUUACACAAGCCAUAGAGCAACUGGGCUCGGCUGAAGAAUCCAUCAUAACCAUCAUUGUCCCAGAAGACCUUUCAGGAAAACAAGCUUUUCUGACGAAUCAGCCCAUCCUACAGGAUCAUCAGUUCACUGAAGAGGAAAAUCUGGAGGUGGAACACGGUUAUGAAUCAGACGGGGCUGAGGAGAGUUCAGAAAUGGAGCAUUCCUACUGCAGGCUUGAUUUGGAUCGGAACCAGCUCUGGGAAACCAUUGCGAAACUCCAGUCCAAAGUCGCGCUGCUAGAAGUGCAGGAAAAUGUCACUCUUGCCCGUCUAAGAUCGUUGGAAGCGCUUUUUGGACAAUUAAAGCAAGAAAACUUGUUAUCGGAUGAAAAGUUAAAAAUCAUUGAUAAUUGUCAGAACAGCUUUGAUUUUGCAAUUGUACAAUAAACUUGUUUCUGAAUGUCA